AAUUCUCAAACCUUGACACUUUUGACAAAUGUGACACACAGGGCGCGGUGAUAAUAAAAAGUAUCUUUGUUGGUAUUUUGUGGGACCUUUUUUGUUAUAAUUUAAGGAAAAGGCCCGUAUAAAUUAAGUGAGCUUGGUUCUCUGCUUGGAACUCUGCUUUUUUUUUCUGUGUCAUCAGGCUGUUCACUAGUUGCCUUGUAUUAUCACAAUGGCUUUUCAACAUGAAGCUGGAACUGCAUUUGAGUGCCUAAGUAUUCCGAUUAUGCUGCACAAGGAGUUUGUGCACAUCAACUCGGAGGGGGAAGAAGUGUACAAAUGCGGCUUUAAGAUCGGAGGAGGGAUCGAUUUGGACUACACCAAGUCUCCGCAGGGCUAUACAGACAACGGUAUUUACGUCACGGAGGUGCACCCCGAAAGUCCGGCAGAGAAGGCGGGCCUGAAGGUGAACGACAAAAUACUGCAGUGUCAGGGCUACGAUUUCACCAUGGUCACGCACAAACAGGCCAUCAACUACAUCAAGAAGGGGAAGACACUGAACCUGUUGGUGGCUCGGUAUGGCGUGACGCACUCGUAGUUGACGGCCGUGACUGUCGCUGUGGCGGCUGGCUGACGUCUGUCGCAUCAGCUGCGACCGUUAGACGCCUCUGUCGCAGGCUGGCGACGUCCCCCUCGGCGGGCUUCCAGCGUUCGUAAUGAGCUUUCGUACAAAUCACUUUUGCGUCCUAAUUGAGUGAGCAGUGUAAAUGACGCGUCCACAAGUGCCAGAGUAUUUUUGGUGGUCUCUGUGCCGGCCCAGCGCGGCGCGAUGCUGGGUGCGGUGGCUGGCGUUUUUGAUCGAAGUGAUGGCGGAUGGUCAGCUCGCUUAGCGUGCGACCAGACACCUGUGCUUUGGCUUUAUGACAGUAGCUGGCCUAAAAAGCUGCCAUUGCCGCGCACACAGCCGCUGCCAGGACUUUGUGAUUGUGAAGCUUAGUGAUGACAGUGAUUGAGCUUGGUGCUGCAUUUAUUUACUAACGAUUGGCGGGAAUCGCGGACUUCAUUAAUGGCGCGUUAAACGUUGUCAUGACUUCUGUCGUUGUUAGUUUAUUCCCUCUCUCUUUUGAAGUGUUUGAUGCCUCCCGGUAACGCCUAGUGUCACCAGUGAAUUUUGUCGUUCGAUAUGACCAGUCACAAUUACUGGAAGCGCCUCUGAAGCUUAAAAAACACUCACUGUGGGUCAGUCUGUCUCGAGUCACAUGACAGAGCGAAGGUCUCUAGGCAUGAAGUCAGUCACUUAAACCCGGAGACCGCCCAUCAUGUGUUCAUAAUGCACAAAACUUUAACCGAUUUAAACGACCAUGCUUACAACUGCUCGGUUAGCCGUUUUGGCUAUAAGGCAAUUUUGUUGUGUUCAGUGUGUGCUCCAUUCAUCGGACCAUGAGCAGAUUUCAUUUUUGUUUACACAUUUGAAAAGAGAGAAUGUUAAUUUUGUUUUAGUCAUAAUCUCUUUGUGAUUUAGAUUUCGACGUACUAGUGUUGGUCGCAUUUUCCUGAUAAAUUUUCGAUAGUUUUUCUGGUCAGUUGUAGUUCUGUGUUAGUGUGGCAGCUGCUUUAUGUUCGUCGCAGCUACAUGUGGUUCGAUUUUUUAUAUAAUCGUGCAUUUCUAUUGCUUUUUUAUCGCGUUUUAAUUGAGUUCAUUCGUACUGAACACAUACCGACAUGAAACCAGCUUUGGCCCGCUUGCGAUAUCCGUCUUUACAGCGAUACUUGAGUUUUUUCCGCUUGAAACAGCCUGCCAAAGCGGCAGAAACUACUGUAUUAUUUGAUUCCCUCGUAUGCAUUCCUUUAUACAAUUGAUUUACAUAUGUGUGCGUGCUUAGUGCUUCUUAUUAAUUUACUUUUGUAUGCGCUUGAUGUUAUUGUGUCUGCAUUGUUCAUGCAUUUGUAAGAUUUAUCUAAUCAGGGUAAUCAGUAUCUUUGCAUUGUCGCGACCGUGGUGCACCCACGAUCUGGUGCACGUUGCUGUGUGUUUGGGGCGAGGACGAGCGGCGUGCUCACCCUAGCCUUGGAGACUGCUCUGUGGCUCCACGGCGGCUGAGCUUCUGUGGGCCGCCGCUAGGGACCGCUACCAGUGGUGCUCCCUGCUUCAAUCAAUCAUAUGCGCGUGUGAAUCCGCUUGGUCUGUACCGCUAGAGAUUCUGAUCGGGGUGAAAUACACAGUGAUUUUUCUCA